GGGUAGAUAUACCUUGGUAACAAUAUAGGAAAUUCGAUUUUUAUGAAAAGACGGAUGUAACAACAAAAUAUGAAGGAAGGGGGAGCGGGCGAGGAGGAACACCGCGUCCCACUUUAAAUCUAUUAUAGCUAGUAGCUAGCUACCAAUCAGACGUUACAGUUUACACAGUGGUAGCCAGCUAGACAGCUCAGGAGAUUGAAAGAAUUCAUCGAAGACUGGUGAGCAAGAAGCCAGGGGAGGGAAAGCUAACUGUUAAAAAUGGAUCGUACAGACUGAGUGGAAUCCGUGUCCAACGCGCCGGUGGAGAGGAGAGAACGAGUAGUUCGUAGCCGUCUUGAUAGGGGAUCACAUUAAAUCGCGGCGCUGGACAUGCCAUCGAGCGCGAGGGCCGGGAGCCUGAAGGACCCCGAGGUGGCCGAGCUCUUCUACAGGGAGGACCCCGAGAAGCUCUUCUCUGACCUGAGGGAGAUCGGCCAUGGCAGCUUCGGGGCCGUCUACUUUGCUCGUGACAUCCGCACAAAUGAGGUGGUGGCCAUUAAGAAGAUGUCCUACAGUGGGAAGCAGUCCAACGAGAAAUGGCAGGACAUCAUCAAGGAGGUUAAGUUCCUGCAGAAGCUGCGACACCCCAACACUAUUGAGUACAGAGGAUGCUACCUGAGGGAGCACACAGCUUGGCUGGUGAUGGAGUACUGUUUGGGUUCAGCUUCUGACCUCCUGGAAGUUCAUAAGAAGCCACUACAGGAAGUUGAAAUAGCUGCUAUUACCCAUGGUGCGCUACAGGGCUUGGCGUAUCUUCACUCUCACAACAUGAUUCACAGGGACGUGAAGGCAGGUAAUAUCUUGCUGACUGAACCUGGCCAGGUCAAGCUAGGGGAUUUCGGAUCGGCCUCCAUGAUCGCCCCUGCCAAUUCUUUUGUGGGCACGCCCUACUGGAUGGCUCCAGAAGUGAUCCUUGCAAUGGAUGAGGGACAGUACGAUGGGAAGGUGGAUGUGUGGUCGCUUGGCAUUACCUGCAUAGAGCUGGCGGAGAGGAAGCCCCCUCUGUUCAACAUGAAUGCUAUGAGUGCCUUAUACCACAUCGCCCAGAACGAGAGCCCCGUCUUGCAGUCCAACCACUGGUCAGAUUAUUUUCGUAACUUUGUAGACUCCUGUUUGCAGAAGAUCCCCCAAGAUAGGCCUACCUCUGAUGUGUUACUCAAGCACCGAUUCCUUUGCCGUGAGCGCCCCCUAUCUGUAGUGUUAGACCUGAUCGCACGGACAAAAGAUGCAGUGAGGGAGCUGGACAACCUGCAGUACCGCAAGAUGAAGAAGAUCCUGUUCCAGGAGACGCACAAUGGCCCCGCCCCGGAGGGAGGAGAGGAUGAGGAGGAGGUGGAGCAGUACAUGUUGCAGACCGGCACAGUGAACAGCAUGGAGAGCUCGCACUCGGUGCCCUCCAUGUCCAUCAGCGCCAGCUCCCAGAGCAGCUCCGUCAACAGUCUGGCAGACGGCUCUGAUGACAGCGGCGAGAUGGCCAUGAUGCAGGAGGGCGAGCACACGGUCACCUCCAACAGCUCCGUCAUACACAGGCCCCAGGGCCAUGAUAACAUCUAUGAUGACCCCUACCAGCCUGAAAUGGAUGCCCAGCAACAGGCCCCUUCUGGAGCACGCCGGCGAGGCUACUACCGCAACCGGGACCACUUUGCCACCAUCCGCACUGCCUCUCUGGUGACACGUCAGAUCCAGGAGCACGAGCAGGGGUCGGCACUGCGGGAGCAGAUGUCCGGCUACAAGCGCAUGCGGCGGCAGCACCAGAAGCAGCUCAUGGCCCUGGAGAACAAGCUGAAGGCUGAGAUGGACGAGCACCAGCUGCGGCUGGACAAGGAGCUGGAGACCCAGAGGAACAGCUUCGCUGGGGAGGGAGACAAGCUGAGCAAGAAGCACCAGGCCAUCCUGGAGAAGGAGACCAAGGCAGCACAGGCAGAGGAGAAGAAGUUCCAGCAGCACAUCCUGAGCCAGCAGAAGAAGGAGCUCGCCAGCCUGCUGGAGUCCCAGAAGCGCCAGUACCGCCAGCGCAAGGAGCAGCUCAAAGAGGAGCUGAAUGAGAACCAGUCCACCCCGAAGCGGGAGAAGCAGGAGUGGCUGGUGCGGCAGAAGGAGUGUCUGCAGCAGCUGCAGGCAGAGGAGGAGGCGGGGCUUCUGCGCAGGCAGAGGCAGUACUACGAGCUGCAGUGCAGGCAGUACAAGCGGAAGAUGCUGCUGGCCCGACACAACCUGGAGCAGGACCUGCUGAGGGAGGACCUGAAUAAGAAGCAGACCCAGAAGGACCUGGAGUGCGCCAUGCUGCUGCGGCACCACGAGUCCACCCAGGAGCUGGAGUUCCGGCAGCUGGGCUCGGUGCAGCACACGCGGGCCGAGCUCAUCCGCACGCAGCACCAGACCGAGCUCACCAACCAGAUGGAGUACAACAAGCGGCGCGAGCAGGAGCUCCGGCAGAAGCACGCCGUGGAGGUGCGGCAGCAGCCCAAGAGCCUGAAAUCCAAAGAGCUGCAGAUCAAACGUCAGUUCCAGGACACGUGCAAAAUCCAAACCCGUCAGUACAAGGCUCUGCGGAACCACCUGCUGGAGAGCACGCCCAAGGCGGACCACAAGGCUGUCCUCAAGAGGCUGAAGGAGGAGCAGACCCGCAAACUGGCCAUCCUGGCAGAGCAGUAUGACCACUCCAUCAACGACAUGCUCUCCACACAGGCUUUGCGAUUGGAUGAAUCACAGGAGGCAGAGUACCAGGUGCUGCGAAUGCAGCUUCAGCAGGAGCUGGAGCUGCUGAAUGCCUACCAGAGCAAGAUCAAGAUCCACACCGACACUCAGCAUGAACGUGAGGUCAAGGACCUGGAGCAGAGGGUGUCCAUCCGCCGGGCCCUGUUGGAGCAGCGGAUCGAGGAGGAGAUGCUCUCUCUACAGAAUGAACGCUCGGAGCGGAUCAGAACCCUGCUGGAGCGCCAGGCCCGUGAGAUCGAGGCCUUUGACUCUGAGAGCAUGCGGCUGGGCUUCAGCAACAUGGCACUGACGGGCAUCCCCGCAGAGGCCUUCAAUCAGGGCUACCCAAACCCCCCCACUGCCUCCGGGGGCUGGCCCUCACGGCCAGUCCCUCGCUCUGGCAGCCACUGGACACACGGGGUGCACCCCCAAAACUCCGGGGCGCCGCCCUCCUGGCGGAGCCAGAACAGCUGCAGUGGGAGUAGCAGUGGCUUCAGCAGGGCGGAGUCAGUCUCAAGCAGGGACGGGGGCGUCCAUUCCUCCCACUCCUCUGCCUCUUCCUCCUCCUCCUCCUCCUCUUCCUCCCACCACCAUCACUACCUCCAGCAGCACUACCACCACCAGAGUACUCCGCACCUUUACCGGGAGAGAGAGAGGGAGCGGGAGAGAGAGCGGGAAUGGGGGGGAGGAGGGGGCAGCCAUGGGUCCCACUCCCACGCCCACUCCCACCACUUACCCUCCCACUCCUCCUCUCAGUCCUUGGCCCUCCUACCACCACCACCACCCCCGCCCCCAAUCUCGCUCUCCUCCUCCUCCCCGCCCUCAUCAUCCUCAUCCUCCUCCUCACAGGGGGGCUACAGCGGGAGUGGGGGUGGAGGUGGAGGCGGAGGCCUGGCGGUGAGGGGCCCCAGUUUGAUGGCCCUGAGGAACAGCCCCCAGCCCUUAAGGAGGACUGCCUCUGGUGGGGGGCCAGGGGGGUCUGGUGGUGGGGAGGGGGGUCUGAGUCGGAGUACCUCGGUCACUUCUCACAUUUCCAAUGGCUCACACCUCUCCUACUCCUAGAGAGGACAAAGAGGAGAGGGAAGGGGAGGGGUCAAGAGGGUGGGGAUGGACGGAUCACAGAGCAGAGCAGAGAGGGAAAUCAAGUUGGGGAAGGACAGGUGACAUUUACUUCCGUAAAACAGAAACAAAGCAAAGUAGCAGAAAAGAGCAGAGAGCCUUACUGGUGUAGAGACAAACAGAAUGAAAGAGAAAUGCAUGCUCCUGACAAGAGGCAAAAGGCGGAGGGAAUUCAAAAAUGACAAAAAACGAAAAUUAGCCUAUCAAUGUUAAAGAUCAUGAAUAUAUUAAUUUGAAAAGGGAGACAGUUGCAUUGAAAGAAAUUGGGUAAUGUACAUAAUGCAGAAAUGGAAACAACUUAUUUUCAACAGCAGUGAUGGCUUUUGAACUUUGUGGGGGUCAAAAGAGAGGUAUGGUGCAGAUUUUUUAAAUAGAAAAUUUUUUAAAGAGAAGGAAAAGAAAACUUCACUGCCAUACAGUGGCUCGGAACACCCGCUAUACAUCCACCCACUGCUUUUAAGGUUUCUUAAAGGGGUGCUAACAUGGAGUAUCUUAUUGUUGGCCGAGCAAUAAAUAUAGAUAUGUAUAUUGAUGCGAAUAUACACAAUGCUGGUAAAGUGAUUCGGCCUAGUCCUACCCAAAUAUGUACCUACAGUACUAUUAAGAGGCAAGCAUUUGUGGAACAAGAAAGGACAGCUCCCUGUAUUCA